UGUUUGAAUCAUCUUUCCGAUAUGUGCGUGUGUUCGUGGAAGAAGUGCGCACACUGGCCGCGCCCAGAAGCACUUGAACAAGUAUCACUGCAAGAAAUAGGACCGAGUCAGCCACAAAUACGUUUUGUGAUACCGGUUCGGAAUUUGGGCUUGGAUCAUGUGGAAGGAGGCUUUUCGCCGCCAGUCCUUCGCGUGUUCGUUGGAUUUCGGAGGGUGAGAAUGUUGGUCAGAAUCAGAGACUGGAAAUGAACUUUAUUGCAGAAUAUUCUGGGCACAGAUGUUCUACAGGCGAAGGCUUGCAGCUGCUCAAAUGUGCGCUUUCUCAGCGUUCAGUGCGAGGUUAUAUACGGCGUUUAAAACUUGAGCAGGGUGGAUCCGAGGCCACAGCAAUAUCUCUUCUUGGCACAAAACAUCCUGUUCUGCGGCUGAUAUGUAGUUUCACACCUACACUGUUAUCAGAACAUUUUGCUACUGAGGUUAGGUUACACAACAUAACGGUGCACAAAUAAGUCCAUGUAUGAUCAUGGCAUCAGUAUAUCGCGUGCGAGGGCCUUCAAUCCCCCUUUCGGACUCGAAAGAGUCCGACACCAGGAUAUGUUAAAUAGUAUGUAAGAGAAUGUACGAUUACAAUCAUUAAUUACAAAGCAUAUUUGGCAUCCAUCGCAAAAUAGGCACACGUGUCAACCGUGGAACAACUAGAAGACAAAUUAUCGCAACUUUACAUUAACACGCCGUUUGUGGAAAUCGGUAGGUUAAAAAAAAGGUAUGACAUUAAGAUCAAGAGGGAAACCUACGCUGAUAAAACAAUCUAGUUUGUUUAUUGAUUGAUUUUUUAAUUUUUUUAUUUUACCUGCCAAUGAGCGCCUGUUCCACACUCCAGUCCGGUCGGUGGGGGUAAUGCACCGAUAAGCUGUCAAUCAUGUCCGCCCGAAGAAGAAGAAGAUGAAGCUUGGGCGGAAGUUGUGUCGUGACGUCACCGCCGCCGCUCAGCAGCUUUCAAGUUGCCCCAACUUCGUCCACGCGGCUUUCGAUUUACGCGUAAAAGGCGGAGGGUGUUCACUUUCUUUCCUUUGUCUUUGGUUUCCCCGCACCCCUGCGCCAUUGCUAGUGCUGCUACCUGGACACACACGAAAUUGCCAACUUUCCGGCGGGUUGUCACGGCCCUUUCCUCGCAGCCGAGAAACCAAACUGGAACGACAUGCAGCAGGGAACGCAAAGAGGUGCUCGUAAUCGGCGAAUUGCGUGAGAAGCCCUUGAGAAGCCGACCACUCGCCUCAUCUCGUAUUUCGUCGCAGGGCUGCGCAGCAUCACGGAAUGCGUGAAAGCCGGCUCGCGCGGGGGCGGCGCGGCCGUGUACCUCUGCGAGGUGUGCGCGUGUCGGCUGAGCAAAGGCGACAUGCGCAACCACAUCCUGGGCACCCUCCACAGAUACAACUACACCAAAGCCCGGCACCCCCACAUGCUGUCAGGCGUGAAGCAGAGCGGCGGCGACGACAUGUCCCUGCUGGCCUGGCCCCUCAUGAACAUCGCCAGGACGCUGGAGGACAACGAGGGCCCCGGGGACAUCAAGUUGCUGGAAGUCGAGGACGCUGCGUUGGAGAUGCUAAAGGGUGCCAGUGACAGCGACGCCAUAAGUUUGAUCAAGUUCCUGAUGCACGUGCCCCCCAAGCCUGAGAGCCCCUUGGAGGCAGAGGAAGACGAGGAGGAGGAGGAGCACAGGGUGGUCACGAUUGGCCACGGGGAGGCGCUCUUGCCGGGCGGCGACGGCGCUUCGUGGGCCGAGGAAACGCCUUCGAGUUUCGGCCACACCUUGCUGGAUCGCUACGUGGGGCCGAAAACGCUCAUUGGUCUGUUCCGGCUGACCGAGUGCGUUGGCGAGCGGGAUGGCCGCACUUACUGCUUCCUGUGCCACUGCUGCCGGGCGCGGGUCAACACGCGCGGCUUCAUCCACCACGUCGGCGGCUCCGCCCACGUGCGCAGCUACCUGGUGGAAACCCGGCCCGAGCAGUUGGCGGCGGCAACGAACGACGGCGAGCGCGGUCAGCCGACGGACUCGCUGGUCGGGAAGGUGGAGCGCGAGGAGGGGCGAGGAGGCAUGGAGGUGGUAAAAGCACCCCAGUUCCUCUGUGGACAACUGGCUAGCAAAAGUUACAACUGGUGCAUCAGCAGACUUCGGAAGAGGCGCUACGCCGCGGACCGCAAGUGGAGCAAAGCCAAGAAAGCGGGCUCCAGAGUCAAGAAGCCGGACGAGAGCGUCGGGGGCAAAACCCGGGUGGUGUUCAAGGUAAGCCUUCCGCUCACCGGCGGUCCGCUGCUGCUGGAGCGGACGUCUUUCAGCCAGGAGAGUCCGCCGGCCGGCCCCCCCCGGCAAGACUUUGACUCUGGGCCCGCCGACGCGGGAGACGACGACAUGACGGCGGCUCGCGGUUUCGAGCCGUUCCGCCGGCGCCGCGUCGAGGAUGUAAAUCCCGAGUCUCGUGACGCGUGGCGAAGCGAGGCGCCCGUCGCCCGAGAGUGGUACAAUCCCGCCUACGCGCCGUGGUACGGUCGGUCGUCGGCGCCGGUGGAAAAGCCGGAAAAUCCCUACCGGGCGAACCCGCCGCCGCCUCCGGUCCACUUUCAAACGGAAUACCAAAGCCUUCCCGUCGUCUGGGCGGCAUCUCACGGCGUCCCGGGGUACCGAGGCUACGCCGUCCCGCCUCGGUCGCACCCCCCGCCGUACUUCUUUCCGACCGGGUCCCAGCCCGCUGCGUCCGUCCCGCCCGGACCCCUCUGACUGGCUUUUGUCCAAAAAUGAUCCAUUACGCAACACGUCAAAGAGCGUACGUGCAUUUUUUUACUAUUUAGAAUGACGGAAUCCGACUUCAAUGCUGUCAUUUGGCCACUCGGUGUGAGGGAGAGCCGUGAACCCCAACAGUUUGUGAUGGGUGGCUUUUGGGGGCACAUUUUUAACAUGCGGCUAAAAAUGGGCUGGAAAUUUGAACAGUUGGUCAACCUUUGCGAGUCGUCUAGAUUACCUCUCAAAGUGUCAAAACUCUGCUCUGUUGUUGCUCCAUCUAUAUUUUGAUAUGAAAACCUGUAUACGAAUGAGCGCUUUUUGAUUUGUGAUAGUUUACGUGUUUUGUUUUCUUAUUCUUGACAUCCAUGCAAAGCAAGUAGAAUAAAGAAUUGUGUAUACUGAAAACUGUGUAUGGCCGAUUCCCAAGCUUUGUAUGUUAAACUUACGUUGUUGUGCCGUUAUUAUUCUAUCGCCAGUGUGUUCCUUUUGCACCCACGUGAUGUCACUACACUGCGAUUUUAUAUACAUGUGUAUAUAGAUGUGUAUGUAUGCGUGUGUGUGUGCUGUACUGAAAAGAAAUUGCAUAGUCCUGGUAUAUUUGUAUGUUUGUCAACUUUGCGUGUUUUGUUUCAUAUAAAACAUUUCAAAAGUGAGAGAAA